GGGAAAAGGUCAAUCGGAAGCUCGGAAGCUCCUGCAGCAACCGAAGACGCUUCCCUGAGGAUAUAAAUAUUAACAUGGAGGAUGAUUUCAAGACUGAGUCAUCAUCAUCUACCUUUACUCUUCAAAGUUCUUCAGAGACAUUGCUUUCUAUUCAGCUAUUAGAUUUCAAAACAAGUUUAUUGGAAGCAUUAGAAGAGUUGCGUAUGAGAAGGGAAGCAGAAACUCAGUAUGAAGAGCAAAUUGGUAAAAUUAUUGUGGAGACGCAAGAGCUUAAAUGGCAAAAGGAAACUCUUCAGAAUCAAAACGAAGCAUUAGCAAAGCAGCACAAAGAAGCGAUGGCUGUUUUUAAAAAGCAGUUGCAAAUGAAGAUGUGUGCCUUGGAAGAAGAAAAGGGAAAAUAUCAACUUGCUACAGAAAUAAAAGAAAAAGAAAUAGAAGGUUUGAAGGAAACAUUAAAAGCAUUACAGGUUUCUAAAUAUUCUUUACAGAAGAAAGUGAAUGAAAUGGAACAAAAGGUCCAGUUACAUCUUCUGGCUAAAGAGGAUUAUCAUAAGCAACUAAAUGAAAUCGAGAAAUACUAUGCCACUAUAACAGGUCAAUUUGGAUUGGUAAAAGAGAAUCAUGAAAAGUUAGAACAAAAUGUACAGGAAGCAAUGCAAUUAAACAAGAGACUUUCAGCUUUAAAUGAAAAACAAGAAUCUGAAAUAUGCAGUUUAAAGAAGGAACUAAAAAAGGUAGCCUCAGACUUGAUAAAGUCCAAGGUCACAUGUCAAUAUAAGAUGGGAGAAGAAAACAUCAAUCUGACAAUUAAAGAACAGAAAUUUCAAGAACUUCAAGAAAGACUCAACAUGGAAUUGGAAUUAAAUAAGAAGAUUAAUGAAGAGGUUACCCGUGUUCAAGCAGAAAAACAAGAUAUCAUCAUUUCUUUCCAACAUAUGCAGCAGUUACUUCAGCAACAAAUUCAAGCUAACUCUGAAAUGGAGGCAGAAUUGAAGGUGCUAAAAGAAAACAAUCAGACCCUUGAAAGAGAUAAUGAGCUGCAAAGGGAGAAGGUAAAAGAAAAUGAAGAAAAGUUUCUUAAUCUUCAAAAUGAGCAUGAGAAAGUACUGGGAACUUGGAAAAGACAUGUUGAAGAACUUAAUGGAGAAAUUAAUGAGACUCAAAAUGAAUUAUCAUUACUUAAAGAAACUCAUAUUAAGUUACAAGAACAUUACAACAAAUUCUGCAAUCAGAAAAAGUUUGAGGAAGACAAGAAUUUUCAGAAUGUUCCAGAAAUAAAUAAUGAAAACCGUGAAAUGUCAACUGAAAAAUUAGAAAACACUAUCAAACAGAAAUAUUCUGAGCAAGAAAUAAGGGAAGAAAAUACUGAGAGUUUUUGUUCAGAUACUGGAUACAGAAAAAAGGAGGAAAAGAAAGAAGACCCAUUUGUGGAAGAAAUCAUUAUAGAAGAUUUACAGCUUUUUGAAAAAAACUUCAAGAAUGAAAUUGAUACUACUGUAUCUCAGAACGAAAAUCAAAGUGAAAUCUCCCUAAGCAAAACCCUCUGCUUAGAAAGAGAAGUAAUUCGUCAAGGACAAACCUUGAAUGUUACUGACAUUAGAAAAUCAGUUACUACAGAAAUAAAAGACAUGAUGUGCUUAGAAAAAAACAAUGGACAUACAGAAUUUAAAACACCAAAUAAUCCUUUUUCAGUGGUAGGUAUAGCAGUAGAAACAGAAAAGAUAAACCUAGAAAGAACUGAAAGAUUAGAAUUAGAUCUUCACUGUGCAGAUACACACCGGGAGGAUGAAAACAACACAACAUCAUUUAACAGUGUUUUAUACGAGACAGCUCACAAUGCAAAUCAUAAUAAAGAUGUUUCUGAAAAUGAACCAUUCAAACAAUUCACUUCACUCCUGGGGACUCAAGAAAAUGCUACAGAGAAAGAAAAUAGAGACCAAACCAAAGCAGAUUUGGAUUCAUCUUUGGAUGUAAAGAAGAAUCCCAUUCUGUGUCAGAAACCUAGUUUACAGGAUUCAAGUAAUGUUAUGUUAGAUGAUAAACAAUGUAAAAUAAAACAAAUACAACUGUUAAAUAAAAAAAGUGAGUGCAGCACAUUACCUUUUAAACAAGCUUUAGAUUUUCAGCAAGUCUGUAAUGAUACUUCAGAGGAACCUGAACUAACUGUUCCCUGUGAUACAGUAAUUGAUCACCCCAUUUCAUCUGCAUUCAGUGAUAAUUUGAAAGUACUUAAGAAUGCAGAUAAAAAUGUUAACAGUAUGCCUAUAUCGGUGAAAUCCUAUUCAAGCCCUGGGGAAAGAACUAUAUGGAAAAAUAUGAAUUAUAUUCAAAACAGUCAGUUUAAGAACUGUAUAGGAUAUUUAGAAAACAAUGAUGUGACCAUUUCCCAUCUUCAAGUUAAUGAUGAGAAUAGUCAUGCUUCACAAGCCAGAGAUGUGAAAACUGCUGUUCACCCGAAAACUUCCACAGAAAUACGGUUUUCUAAUAAAGAGAGACAGAUUGAUGAGAAUCAGAUAACUGAAGCCACAAAAAAUGACCUCUUGCUUUUUGUGAAUGUUAAUGAAAGACAGCAUACAUUGUUAAAUAACACAGAGAAAACAGAGUCAUUAAAUGACAUCGUUUCAGGAAAAAUGUACAGUGAAGGACAGCUGGAGGAAUCACAUUCAUUUCAUAUAAAGCCAUCUGGAGAUUUAGUAAACAGAAGUGGAAGGUCAGCCUUUGAUCCUUCAACUUCAGAUAAAAAAACUGAGAAAACUCCAGUAUACAUGAAUUUUUUAGAACCCAGUCCUUGGUCAAAAGUAAAUCAAAUUGAAAGUCAAACAGUGGGCACUUCAAUUUCUAGCAUUUCUUUGUUGCUGAAGGAGAGAGCAAUAGGUCCAUCAGAAAACAAAAAGAUAAUUUCAGUGGCUCUUUGUGAAAAUGUUGGUGUGAAUGACAUCAGAAAAGAUAUUGGAUCAGAUCCUACCAGCAUUAACAGAGUUGCUGACACUUUGAAUAACUGGAGUAUCCAUCCAGAUCCCAAGGGAGAACCCAGUGAAGAGAGGAAUGCAAUUGCAAAGACUUUUUAUGAUUCUUCUUUUCCCACAGAACAUGUGAAAACAAAACCUCUGGAAUCAACUCUGCUACAAAGCCAUUUCCAGGCAAUCAAGAUCAAAGAUACUACUGACUUGGUGGCCUCUUCUGUUGAAGAUGACUGGCAGAGGCUCAUAACAAAUCAAAUAAAUGAAAUUGAAAAGUCACUAGCCUUAGAAAAUGAAAACCAACCUAAAAAAAGAAAAGCUGAAGAGAUGUCAGAAAAAACAGAUUAACUGAAAUACUGGUAUAGUUUUUACUAG